AUGGGGAACUGUUGGAGUCUUCCAUCAGGUUCUCGUGGCGCUGAUCAUCCCAACCCUAAUACCGUCCCCAUGGCGAACAACCAUUUAGGGAGUAUUCAGUUCUCUGCUGGACUUAGCAACACGAGAUUAAUACAGAAUGACAAUUCUAAUUCUCUUGGGCGUAGCAGUCAAAUUGGAGGAACCAGUAGUCUGUUUGGGCCAAGUAGUAGCAACAAUCACACAUCAGGAAAUAACACUAGCACAUCAUUAUGGGGCUCUGAGACUAGCCAAGCCUCUCGAGUUGGACAUGGAGAGAAGUUUCCUCUUGGUCAGAUCUUGGAUGCUCCAAACUACAGAGUAUUUACUUUGGCAGAAUUGAGGGCAGCGACCAAAUGUUUCAGAGCUUGCAGUGUGAUAGGAGAGGGGGGGUUUGGUACAGUAUACAAGGGUUUGAUUAGAGGUGAGGAAUUGACUAUUGCCAUCAAGAAAUGGAAUCCUGGAAGCUUACAAGGAUUUGCGGAAUGGCAGUCAGAGGUGAAUUUCUUAGGGAGGCUUUCUCAUCCCAACCUAGUUAAGUUAUUGGGAUUUCGGCGAGAGGAUAGUGAGCUGUUCCUGGUGUAUGAAUUCAUGCAUCGUGGCAGCUUGGAUAACCACCUAUUUGGAAGAGGUGCAAAUGUUCGGCCACUUUCUUGGGAUACAAGGCUAAAGGUUAUGAUUGGAGCAGCUACGGGACUGAACUUCCUUCAUUCCAUGGAAAUGAAAAUUGUACAUAGAGAUUUUAAACCCUCAAAUAUACUCCUUGACGAGACAUAUACGGCAAAGUUAUCAGACUUUGGCUUAGCCAAAUCUUUUACUUCGCAUGAUCAGACUCACGUAACAACACGGGUUAUGGGAACAGGAGGCUACGCUGCUCCUGAAUACAUGGCAACAGGUCGUUUGAAAGUGAAAAGUGACGUGUAUGGAUUUGGAAUUGUUUUGAUGGAGAUGCUGACAGGGAAGAAAAUGUUUGAUAUAAGUCGCUUGUGCAAGCAGAAGUCCUUGACGGAUUGGCUUAAAUCAAAUCUACUAAAUAGAGGGAAAAUAAGAAGCACAAUGGAUGCAAAGUUGGAAGGCAAGUAUCCAACCAACUUAGCUUUACAGGUAGCUCAUCUAGCUCUCAGAUGCAUCCAAACAGAACCCAAAGUGAGGCCAUCAAUGAAAGAAGUUGUUGAAAGAUUGGAACAGAUUGAAGCAGCAAAUGAGAAACCAGCUGAUAACAGAAAACGGGUUAAUCGUUUCCAGUUAGUACAACAACAUGAUGAGUCAGAUAUUGUCAAUUGA